CAUUAAAUAAAAAUAUACCAUGUAUAGCAAAUGAGUUUAAGCCUCACACUUGUGUCCAAGGGUGGGUCCUACUAGCCCAUACAAUUGUCUACUCAGCAGACUGUCAUAUAUGGAAGUAAAAGUUGUACUUUCCCUCUAUUGUAACGAAAUCUCAAGUACAUCUAAGUGUGAUAUAUUUACCCUUUCUUCUCCUCAUUAUCAAUCAACCCAACCUCAAGUUCUUCCUCCCUCACCCAAACAAUAACUCUCUCUUUAUGUAAUCUCUUUUUCAAUUUCUUCUCUUAUUUUUCUUUUAAUCAACAAAUACUAUUGCUUUUAUCUUCUUCUUCAAUCCUUAUUUUAUUUUUUUUUCUCAUUUUGGUUUUUGUUUUAUGUGCUCUAAGGUGCUGUUUGAUAAAAAAAUGAAUCAUUCAAUAGAAGUCAUAACCGACUUUGGAGUGUAUUCAGAGGAACAAAAAGACUUCAAAGACACGAGUUCAAAUUCUUUGAAAGAUACUGCUAGAUCAAAAUUAAGAUGCAUUCCAGAUUCUUCACGAUUGUUGACUAACAAUCUUAAUGACAAGGAUAAAGAUGAAAUAGGGCAACAACUUGUCAUUGAUCUUGGAGCAAUAGCAAACAAUGAUCUUGAUGAGCACAAAAGGGAGAUGGUUGCCGAGGCAAGAAGAUGGAUUGGUCUUUUGGUAUAUAAAGAGAUUAGUGGCAAGGGCUACAUAGGCAAAGUUCAAGAUUAUGAUGAGGGCACUGAACUCUACAAGAUAGUGUAUGAGGAGGUUACUGGCUAUGACGAGCUAUUGCCUAAGCAGGAAAUGCUAGGAAUUAUAGCUCCUCCGCAUGUGGUUCGUGAAUAUCUCGACUAUGAAGAGGCGAAGGAGAAAAACAAGCAGCAAAAGAGAAAAGCAUUGAGGGCAAAUGCCUCCACAAACAACAUGGAGCAUGAAAAGCUUACUGGCCAUGAUGAUGAAUUGAUUGAGCAAGAAAUGAUGCAAAUUGUUUCCCCAUCUCCCUUAGUUCGUGGCCAAGAGGCUAAGGACAAUGACAAGAAGGAAAAGAGGAGAGCAUUAAGGGCAAGGGCCGCAAAUAUGGAAAUACCGAGGAUGAAAAAGCCUUAUCGAAAACGUACAACUAAGAAAGCAAAGGUUAAUGACUAUGUUCCUCUUGCAUUUCGUGAGAAGAAGAGAGAUGCUUAUUAUUGGUAUUGAGAUGAUAUAUGUUGGCAGCUUGGGGAGCAUGGUGAGGUUGAAUAUAUAAUGGUACUCAAGAGGUUCUAGGAGGAAGAGAGAUGAACUUUUAAAGUCUUCCUCUCUUCAAAGACUCAACAACCAUAAAACCAAACUUGUGAACUAUUAGAAUAAUAAUGUUUGUGGUGAUUUCUGUGAUAUCCAUUUUACGUGAUGUUUUUGUAUUUCUUGGUUAUUGACUGCCUCUUAUGUUUUUAAGAAUUAUUUCUAUUUGGGUUUAGCAUUAUUGGCUUAUACAUUGAGUAAUGUGUUAUGUUUAAGUUCUACGAGAAUAAUUUAUCAAUAACAUU